UAUAUUUAAAGUAACCUGUCAUUCUUAUCUCUCUAAUCUCUUUUUUGUGCUCAAAAUCGAUUCUUUAUUUCUUGUAACUUCGUAAUCUAUUAACAUGUGGAGAUGCUACUGAGAUUUCGAGACAUAAAAUUCUAUAUUCCUACUUUGCCUUGGGCGUAGAUUGCGGUGGUCUAAAAAGGUACUCCAUCUUCAAAACCUACUAACUUUUAUUCAUAUUCCAUUCCAAUAACAGUAAAUCCCUUCUAAAACCCCUUCAUUCCUCACCCAAAAAAAAAUGAAAAACAUUCAAGUACCAAGCAAAAUCCCAUCUUGCCAUAGCAUCAAAAAUCUUAUUCUAGUCUCUUGUUUUAUUUGCAUAAUCUAUUUUCUAUAUCCCAUAAUUCUUGCCCCAAAUUAUACUAAUUCUCUUCAUACCUCAGUUUCAUCACAAGAACAUGAUUUAUCAUCACCAACCACACUUCAACAUGUUGUUUUUGGUAUUGCCUCAAAUGAGAAAUCAUGGUCUAAGAGAAAAGAACUUGUUAAACUAUGGUACAAAUCAAAUGAAAUGAAGGGUUGUGUGUUUCUUGAAAAAAUGCCUAAUAGUAGUACAAAUGAUUCUCUUUUGCUCCCUCCAAUUUGCAUUUCUGAGGAUAUUUCAAGAUUCCCAUAUACAAAUAAAGGUGGGAAUCCUUCGGCUAUUAGAGUGGCACGUGUGGUCUCAGAGACAGUAGCACUUAACCAUUCAAAUGUUAGGUGGUUUGUUUUUGGAGAUGAUGACACAAUUUUUUUCCCAGAAAAUUUGGUGAAAACAUUAUCUAAAUAUGACCAUGGACUUUGGUAUUAUAUUGGGUCAAAUUCAGAAAGUUUUAUACAGAACAAGUUUUUCUCCUUUGAAAUGGCUUUUGGUGGUGCUGGUUUUGCUAUAAGUUAUCCGCUGGCAAAAGUUUUGGCUAAAGUAUUUGAUUCAUGUAUAGAGAGAUAUCCACACCUUUAUGGAAGUGAUGGUAGAAUUCAUGCUUGUUUGACAGAGCUUGGUGUUACUUUAACACAUGAGCCCGGUUUCCAUCAGAUGGAUUUUCAUGGAAAUGUGUUUGGAUUAUUGGCUGCACAUUCCAUUAGACCUUUGGUAUCUCUGCAUCAUAUGGAGAUAAUUGAUCCCAUAUUCCCUAAUAUGACAAGAAUGAAGGCACUGGAGCAUUUGUACCAGGCUGCAAGUUUCGAUCCUCAACGAAUUUUGCAGCAAACAGUAUGUUAUGAUCGUCGAUUUUCUUGGACAGUGUCAGUGUCUUGGGGAUAUGCUGUUCAAGUUUUUGCACAUAAUGUGUUUUUGCCGGAUGCUCAGCGUGUACAAGAGAGUUACUUUCCCUGGAAAAAGAAUGCUUAUGGUACACUAUAUGAAUAUAAUACAAGGAAAUUUGAGUCUGAUCCAUGUAAAAAGCAGAUUGUUUAUUUCUUGGACAAUGUAUCUUCAAGCAUGGAUGAAAUCAAGACCAUUUACAAGAAGAAAACUACCUCCGAGAAUUGCACAUUCGGCAAGAAUUCACCUCGAAAACUAGAAGAAAUCAGAGUUUUUUCGCACAAGUUGGACCUUGACACAAAUCAGUUGCUAGCACCAAGAAGACAUUGUUGUGAUGUAUUGCCUUCUACAUCUGGUAAAGUGAUGGAAAUAGGAAUAAGAGAAUGCAAAGAAGAUGAACUUAUUUACAUGCACAAGUAGUGCUCUAUCUUCCUCUACAUUCAGCAUUGCAGAAGGAAUUCCGCUCACCGCGAAAUUUGUAUCUGAAAGAACCACUUAGUUGUGAUUUUUUUCAAUGGCAAAUCGGUGACUGAAAGAAAGUUUGGAGCACAAGAAAGUUUUAUACCGAUCCAGCAACAUGCCUCUGUAUUUUUUGAAGGCUAAUUUGCUUUUUGAGCGGAGAAGUUCAAUUUCAUUGCUUGUGACUAAAUUUAGCUGCAGAAGAUACAGAGGGAGUUCAGAGUUAGUUCAAUGGGGAAGUCUUCGUUUUCAGAAUUGCUAUUG